GGGGAAAACAGCUUCUAGAGAGAAGACUAGAAGAAGCCAAGAAAAUACCUUCCAAAACUCACUUACCAUAAUGAAAUGUAUCGUAUCGUCACUCUCACCCCACAGUCCGGUAAUACCAUAUCAUCCUAAAUGCCUCGGUAUCAAUUACUCUCCUCUCCCUAAAUCUUCAAUAAUAAUGACGCCCAACUAAUAACUUAACAACCUCCCAAUCUCCCUAAACAAAAACCCUAAACCCAACCGCCAUAAGACACCCAAACAAAUCUACCAUGACCGAAAAGCCUCCCGCCCUCCCCCAAUUCAAACCCCCCGACUCCCCUGAAACAACAACAACCCUCCUCACACCUCCCCCCGAAGAAUCAGCCGAAACCGCCCCCCAAACCUCCCAAAAAACCAUACCCUCAACCGAAGCCCCCAAAAUCGACCCCGACAAUGUCGUCCAAGACGUGAAAACCUUCCCCGACGACCUCCUCAUCGCCCGGACCAGAACCGCGCUCGCCGACCUCCUCGAGUUCUACCACUCCCACCCCAUCCUGGCCACGUUCCUCCUUGCCCAGGCCGUGUGCUCAUGCGUGCCGAUCGGGUUAUUCGUACUCGGGGCUGUGGUUUCUGCAUCGGUGGCUGUGGUGGUGUUUUCUUGUGUGGCGGGAUUGGUGCUCGUGCCGGUGCUUGUUGGGACGAGCUUUUUGGGGAUUUGCCUUUGGGGGUGGGGGUGGGUUGGUUUUGUGAUUGGGAGGUGGGUUUUGGGGGGUUUGCUUAGAAAAGCUGGGGAUGGGGAGAGGUUUGAAUUUUGAGUAGAUGUUUAUGGGUCUGUUUCUUGUUGGAUGGUUUAGGGGAGGGAUUUAGG